AUGGCUCGAAAUACUCGUGGACGAGUUAGCAAAGCAAAGAAUAACAGUCGUUCAUCCAUUCGAAAACGAUCGUCUACCAAAGGAAGAAACGGACGAUCUUCUAGUCGUUCGACCAUUCACCAGCACAAACAAAAUGUCUUGCGUAGAAAUAGCCAAAGUCGAUCUUCAGUUCGAAACACUCAUGGUGUAAAUAAUAGUGCAAAUAGGUCGAAGAGGAGUCCAUUAUCGACUAACACACGGAAGAAGCAAUCAAAGAAUACCAAAAGAAAGAAAAGUGCAAUAGGUAACAAAAAUAACAACAGUAAUCGACAACGUCAUCUUACACGUGAUCAACAAAAUAAAAAGAAAAAGAUCGGUAGUGUUGUAUUGUUCCCAAGUACAACAACAUCAAAUUUAAUCCGACCUUCUGAUGGUGCUCAUGCAGAAGCAACUUCUCAAAUAAACUAA